CUUGUGUGUUGACACAAGUUACGGGAGACAGCCACUGAACGGAGCGCUCGAUACAUCGAGCGACGACUAUUGAAGACGACUGAGGAAUCCAAGGCGGGAUACUUAAGACGUUCUCACGGCCGGUCUUCGCCAUCAGACUGGCACAGAUGUGACGCAAGACCAGGGCAGUGUUCAGAUCAGAGAGAAAGAGAGAGAGGAAUCCGUCCGUCUGUCUGUCUGUAUGCCGGCCCCGUAUGCCAUCCUCGAGGCCGGGACGGUCUUGGUGGGCCUCGUGGCCAGUUUAUUUCUGAUCAUAGUCUUUUCUGUGGAUACCUGGGAGGAAGCCAAUUACAGCUUCACCGCCGCCAACAACUCGUACCGAAUGGUGACCGUGGCCUCCUCGGACAGUGAUUUAAAUGUCUACAGUAUCCGGGGGGCUCUGGUGGACCCCUGGACCACUUACUAUUUUUACCACCAGUAUUGGGGACUGUGGAAGCUUUGUGACGUACUGACAGACACUGCGAGGGCCACACUAACGGCUGCAGGGCUGGACCGGAAGGAGUGUUUUAACUUCCUGUCUGAUUAUGACGAGGAAUCGAUGGUGGUGUCUACCAACACCAAGUCUUUCAUGGGUCUGCACAAUUCAACAGUGGUGUGUUUUAUGGUGACAAUCAUAGACUUGAUUGUGGCUAACUUUCUGGCGAUACUUGGGACCUACAGGAAGAUGGUCCCCGUCUGUAUGGUGGCGGGCGCUCUCUACUGCAUAGCAUGUGUGUUCGUCUUCUUUGGUUUAGUGAUCUUUCACCUGAAGCACCACUACGAGCAUUACUACUGCCACGCGCUGUAUGAUAUCCCUGACAGCGUCUGUCCGGUUCGAGAUGUGAGCGUGGGUUGGCCCGCACCUUUGGCAUGGUUUUCUCUGAUUCUCUUAGUAGCAGACAGCAUAUUUUGGGUCUUCUUAACGCAAGCAUUAAGAAUCAUCAAAACUAAGACUAUGAGCGACAAGUAUUAAGUGGGUUUUUUGUAAUCGGUUUGGACUUUUUGGUGCAGUUAGAAAUGUGCCUUACCCGAAAGGACAGACGUGCAAAACACUUGAUGUAUUCAUAGGGAUAUAUAUCACAUUGAAUGUAUCCAUAGGGAUAUAUCACAUUGAGGUAUUCAUAGGGAUAUAUCACAUUGAAUCGAUUAAAACUAUUCUCAAGGAAGAACAAAAUUCAAUACUGCCUAGAUAAGCAGUUAUUCUAUUUUUUUCUUCUAUUAAGAAUGGUUUAAGUUUGUUAUUUCACGUGACUCAGCGCCUGUGAGAAGAAAGACAGAAAGCUCGGAUAAAAAAAACAUUGUCCUGAGUGGUAAACUUGUCCCAAAAAUGAAGCAUUUCCGUCCCAUAACAACCCGUCCUUCUUGCAACUUUUUGAAGAUUUCUCCGAUGGCGUUGAUAAAGCAAGAUUUCAGGAUUAGUGAAAUAUUGUAAUAAUUAUAUUUUGUGAAACGCCAAAGCAGUUCUCGUUUGUUUGUCUGUUUGUUAAUUUUAUCGACGUUAUAUUCAUCGAUCGAUAGUGUUUAGAUUAAAGGUGGUCGUAAUGAUAAGGUACCACUGUAUUGUAUAUGCACUACGUGUAUUAAAUGAUGGUAGAUGGUCAUAAUUAUUUCUGUUCAUGUUAAUUCUUUUUAAGCAUAAAACUUUAUUGUUGAAUUUUUGUGUAUUAGUAUAUGCUAGUGUAUCAUUGAUAUAUUUAAAUUUGACACCAGCAAUAAUUAUUCCUCCAAAUUCAGGUAAAAUAUAAACUAACGAGAAAUGUUUUAGACACGGUGACAGCAAAUAGUACUGUUAUAUAAAGUUAUACUCUAUAACAUGUUUUUCUUUGUUAAUAAUUGUUAGUUACACUGUUUGUAAUGUUAAUCAGUUAAUAAUCUUUUGUAAUCAGAAUGUUAUGUACAGUAUCUAUAUUGCUUUGAAUAAAAUUAUCAGUUUAUUUGU